CUUUUGGCACGUCUGUCAGCCGCCAGCCGACCAGCCAGUCAGUCAGACACACACAUAGAGACAGGCGUCUGUGUGUCCCCUCUUCUGUUUGACGUGACUGAUCUAUGGACCCGUCGUCUAUUAGGACAUCAGCGUGUCUGUCGCCUCUAAUGUUUGCGGCUAUAGGAUUACAACAAAAACAUGUACAGCGUGAGCAAGUACUACAGACGAAACCAUCACAGUACAGAAACUUAACUGGAACCAAGGAAUCCACCGGUAUGAAACCAGUUUACAGUUUGAAUGUUAGUGGGGUUUUCUGAGACAGUGAAAAAUUGCGGCUGAUGUCACUUCUGGUUCAUUGGUCACACUAGCACUGAAAGGCAAAGUGGAGCGCGUUGCAUUAUGGGACGUGGCAUUCUGUGUUGCUUGCUCCGUUGUGCGCCGAGCGUUUUGACAAAUGCUUUAGGUCAUCUGUGUAUCCUGUGCGUAUAGAAAAUAUACACGGCGUGCACAGAAUACGCAUUACAUUCUGGAGCAACAGCAUAGCGUGGCAGGAGCUCAAUGGCCUCUGCGGAAGCUCAUAUUCUCAUUGAAAUGCACUUAUAUAAUAGUACAUUUCAGAAAAAAAUCGAGCAUAAUAAUCGUACUUUUCAAAUAAUUCAGGCAAAAUUUUGAAAUCAUUAUUCCCAAAAAUGCGUCCUCGACCGAUCCUUUUUUAAUGGAGAUUUUAUCCUUACCAAAAUAAUACAUCAUAGACCGCAGAUGUUCUGCCUCCGUUCUGCUGAUUUAAUCUGCAAUUUAAAUUCUUCUGAUGAGAGAAGAGGAACAAUGAGUGAAAUGGUUAUUGAUUCAGCAUGAGGCCAAACUGUCUUAUGAUUAUGGACAUUAUUGACAUUGACUCGACGUCAACAUUUGCAGAAAGAAGGUUAUCUCUGCCUCACACACCUCAUGGAUUUGACUUGAGAAUACAGCAGAACGAGUCUAUGAUGCUGUACAAUUAUACACAGUUAGUAUAAUGUGUGUACACUGCUCAGUUGGUGUUAAUGAAGUCUGCGGUUAUUAAUAAUGCAUGUUGAAUACGGUAUUUAUGAAGGAAAUUAUAGAGUAUUUCCGGAUCAUUCCAGCAUAUGGAUGUUAACAGACCCCUGGCGUUUCCAGUCUGUAUCGUCACACUUUGUCAUGCAAUUAUCUUGUUUUGUCCUUUACAAAAUAGCAGUCUGGGAUGAAUAAGAAAAGGCUUGAUCCAUUUUUUGUCAUUUUUAUUUGAGGUUACAUUCAAUUCAAUUCAAUUUUAUUUAUAUAGCGCUUUUCACAAUGUGCAUUGUUCCAAAGCAGCUUUACAGGAGCAAAUAAGAAAAACACAGAAAGGUAAAACACAGCACAGUGCAUGGUGUUUAUAGACCAAGCAAGAUCAUUAUAAUAAAUAAUAUCUAAUAAAUAAAUGAAUAAAUAAAUGCAGUCUCCCGGUGAGCAAGCCAACACUGCACUGCUCUGCUGUGGCGAGGAAUGAUACAUGAGGUGAUACAAUCGAUUUUCUUUUCAUUGUUUUAUUAAAGGAAUAGUGCACCCAAAAAUAACAAUUCUGUCAUCAUUUACUGAUUGUUCCAAACUUGUAUAAAUGUCUUUGUUCUGCUGAACACAAAGGGAGAUAUUUGUAAGAAUGCCAGUAACUAAACAGCUCUCAUCCCCCAUUGACUCCCGUAGUUGGGAAAAUAAAUACAUUUGGAGUCAAUGACGGAGGAGAUCUGUUUUGUUACUGACAUUCUUCCAAAUAUCUUCCUUUGAGGUGAACUAUCCCUUUAAUAUUUUGAUUAAGCUUUAUAUUUAAAAUUUCAGUUUGUUAUCUUUAAAAUCUUUAUUUCUUUCAUAGUUGUUUGAUCUGUUGAAUGUGAUUUAUUACUGUGCCAAAGUGGAAACUUUUAGUAAUGUUCAAGCCGCUUCUCGUGGUGUUGCGCAGAAUUCCCGCGGUUGCGUAAGAAGUUGACGGGAAGAGACACAGGGCAGAAGUGACGCUGUGAGCGCUGAAUAUAAAUAUCAGAGCGCUGCCUGUCACAACCAGUGAACAGGACAAAGCAAUAUAAGCUGAGAAUAAACCUAAAGAAGCAUUUCAUUAGAACUUUCAGACAGGUAGUUCAUCCUUUAGUUUGGUGUGCAUUGACGUGUCGUGCACAGAACGUCUACAGAGGAAGAAGAAACUUGAAAGAAGAAGGACCAUCGCUGAAGAGGAGAAGAUGAAGCUCACACGUGUCUUUCUCUCUGCUGUGCUCAUAGUCGUUUGUUUCUGCAUCCUUCAGACUGCUGCCGGUCCUUUUACACAGGUACAUGAGGAUCAGGUGAAGAGUGAAGCUCCACAGAUAAACCAUCACAGUACAGAAACAUCACUGGAACAGAGAAAUCCACUGGCUCUGUUCAGAAGCAAGCGUCAGAGUCAUCUCUCUCUCUGCAGAUAUUGCUGUAACUGCUGUCACAACAAAGGCUGUGGAUUCUGCUGCAAAUUUUGAAAAUACGCUCAUUUUAUUUCAGAAAGAACAGCUGCUUGUGUGCAUUAACUUAUUUGGACUUUUAUCUUCUGCUUAGAGUAUUUUCCCAUCUAUGGGCCAUAAAUGUGCUGCGUCUCCUUGUGUACCGCUUUUUAAAAUUGUACAGCUGCUGAAUUGUGUAACAACACAAGGACUACUUUUGUUAAAGAAAACGUAUGUAUUUUUUACAUGUAUGUAUUUUUACGAUGUUAAAUUCAUGAUUGUUUAGUGAAGUGAGAUUUGUAAUAAAACUUUUCCUUUUCA